GAACAAAGGAUCACCGUUAGAUUACACCAACGUGCAUCACACACACAGUAUAUAUACUUUACCUCCAACUUUUCCUCCUUUCCCCUCUUUAAAAAAACCCUCGUUCUUCUCUUCUCCACACAGCUGCACUACACCAAUUUACUCAAAUUUAUCCAUAAUCCGUACAUCUAUCAUUUUCAAAGAUGGUGUCGGAUGCAGCGAAGAAGAGAGAUGCACAGAAGAAGGCGGCAGCAGCUGCAAGGAGGGGAGGAAAGGGUGCUGCAACCUCAAAGGCAGCUGCAGCAAAAGGGGCGGCGGCGGAAAGUAACUGGGUUGACAGUUUGGCUAAUGGAAUAGGGGAUCUAAAGAUAUCUGAUCGGACUUGUACUGGUGUUUUGUGUUCGCAUCCGCUUUCGAGGGAUAUUCGGAUAGAAUCUUUAUCAGUCACUUUCCACGGACAUGAUCUUAUAGUUGAUUCUGAACUGGAGCUCAACUAUGGCAGACGUUAUGGUUUGUUGGGAUUGAAUGGCUGUGGGAAGUCUACUCUUCUUACUGCUAUAGGCUUGCGGGAACUUCCCAUCCCAGAGCACAUGGAUAUUUUUCAUCUUUCAAGGGAGAUCGAGGCCUCUGACAUGACCUCCCUUGAGGCUGUCAUCAAUUGUGAUGAAGAGAGGUUGCAAUUGGAGAAAGAAGCUGAAGCUUUGGCUGGACGGGACGAUGGUGGUGGAGAGCAACUUGAACGUAUCUAUGAGCGUUUAGAAGCUAUGGAUGCAGCCACUGCUGAGAAACGUGCUGCUGAAAUCUUGUUUGGGCUUGGAUUUGAUAAGAAAAUGCAAGCAAAGAAAACACGUGAUUUUUCUGGUGGCUGGAGAAUGAGGAUUGCUCUUGCGCGAGCCCUAUUUAUGAAUCCAACAAUUUUGUUGCUUGAUGAGCCGACAAACCAUCUUGAUCUAGAGGCCUGUGUGUGGUUGGAAGAGUCGUUGAAGAAUUUCGAGCGCAUUCUGGUUGUCAUUUCACACUCGCAGGACUUUCUCAAUGGUGUUUGUACCAAUAUCAUCCACAUGCAAAACAAGAAGUUGAAAAUCUAUACAGGGAACUACGACCAAUAUGUGCAAACCCGUUCAGAGCUGGAAGAGAACCAGAUGAAACAGUACAAGUGGGAGCAGGAUCAGAUUGCUGCAAUGAAAGAAUAUAUUGCUCGCUUUGGGCACGGUUCAGCUAAACUAGCCCGUCAAGCACAGAGUAAGGAAAAGACAUUGGCUAAGAUGGAGCGUGGUGGGCUUACUGAGAAGGUGGGGAGGGACAGCGUCCUGGUUUUCCGGUUUACUGAUGUCGGCAAACUUCCUCCUCCAGUUCUACAGUUUUCAGAAGUUUCUUUUGGCUACACACCUGAUAACCUCAUCUACAAGAAUCUUGAUUUUGGUGUAGAUCUCGACUCCAGAAUAGCACUUGUGGGCCCCAAUGGAGCUGGAAAGAGCACACUGCUUAAGCUGAUGAUAGGGGAUUUGUUUCCCACUGACGGCAUGGUUAAGCGUCAUAAUCACCUAAAAAUUGCACAGUACCACCAGCACUUGGCCGAGAAGCUUGACAUGGACAUGUCGGCUCUUCAGUACAUGAUGAGAGAGUACCCAGGGAAUGAGGAGGAGAAGAUGAGGGCAGCAAUUGGGAGGUUUGGCCUCACAGGGAAAGCUCAAGUAAUGGCUAUGAAGAACUUGUCAGAUGGUCAACGUAGUCGGGUGAUUUUUGCAUGGCUGGCUUAUAGGGUACCUCACAUGCUGCUGUUGGAUGAGCCAACCAAUCAUCUUGAUAUUGAAACAAUUGACUCACUUGCUGAGGCAUUGAACGCAUGGGAUGGUGGGAUGGUUCUAGUCAGUCACGACUUUAGGCUCAUAAACCAGGUGGCCCAUGAGAUCUGGGUAUGUGAAAAUCAGGCUGUGACACGGUGGGAGGGCGACAUCAUGGACUUCAAGAAACACUUGAAGAAAAGGGCCGGAUUGGGUGAAUGAAGUAAGAUACUAUGUGUUACAUUAGAAUGUGAUGGUAUCACUGUUUGCCCUUUGGUUGUUUAGUGCCUAAGGCAAUGGUGAAAUCAGCACGGCCCAUCACUGAAGGUGAAGGGGAGAAAGACCAGUAAGACCUAAGUAACAUUAGCUAAGACCACGCCUAGAGCCGGGUGCUAGAGAGAGGAAGUGAUCAAACCAUGGUCACAUACCGUUUGAACUCUGGUUGUUGUUCGGGCUUAGUCCACUAUUUUUGUUAUCCUCUUUACAUAUUCUCUUAGGUUUCGGAGAGCUUACAUUACAGCUUAUUCCUUAUGAUCACAAAUUCUAUAUUAUAUUGCUAUGUACUCCAGAUUUUUUCAAAGCUAUUAUGGAUUUUUGAAAUUAUUUUCUGUCUA